UCACACCCAAUCAAAUAGAACCAAUCGCAUUUUUCCCGUUUUGCUUCGUCUCCUCACUCAACAGUCAGUCUACUCCUCCUACUUUGCUGGAGAGGAGAAUUACACACUCACCCACAGCCGUCUGAUCAUCCCCACUUAAGGGGAAGUAAAUUAAUCGAACGUUGGUGGUCAAUGGCAGUACCAAGUGAUGGGUGGAAGCUGAGGCCGAUCAGGGCCGUUGAUCUGGAAGUGAUGGUGACUUUGCUUGUAUUAUUAGGGAUGAGUAAUGUAAAGCAGUCGAUGCAGCUACGGUCAAAUCAUCCUCUACAUGGGUUGGUUGACAGAGUGAACGAGAAUGCGUAUAUAGGCCUUGUAAUGGCUUUCUCUACUGAGCUCAAUGUACUCCAAUCCUCUGCUCUCUUCCUUCCCAGAUCCGAUGUCCCUUGGCUUGACUUGGCUGGCAUGAGAUUCAACAUUGGGAGUAUUGGGGGUGUAGAUGUAAUUUAUGUAAUGGCUGGGGAGCAAACGCUAAAUGCAGGUAUUACAGUGCAAAUCCUUGUUGAUGUCUUCAAUAUUCGAGGAAUCGUUCAUUAUGGGAUUGCUGGUAGUGCUAACGACUCACUGUCCAUUGGCAGUGUUGCUAUCCUCAAAUAUGUUGCCUUCACAGGUUCUUGGAAAUGGAAGAACCAUCAGUCAGAAAAGGGGGAUUUAACAGAACUAAAAUUUGGGGCUUACAAUUUCCCAACAAAGGGAGAUAAUUUGUUGGCAAAGAUUGAGUUCACAGCAGAGGAAUUAUACUCCAUUGGACAACCAAUGGAAGAGCUCUUUUGGCUUCCAGUUGAUCAAGAAUGGUUCACUGUGGCUUCUCAACUUGUGGAUUUGAAGUUACAACAAUGUGUCAAUGAGACAUAUUGCCUACCAGAAACACCAAAAGUUGUUUCCGGGUUGAGAGGCUCUACGGCGGAUAUAUACCUUAAAAAUGCAGCAUACAGAGAGUUUCUUUUCAACGAAUUCAACAUCUCAACUGUGGAUGAGGAGAGUUCUGCAAUUGUAAUGACAUGUCUAACAAAUGGAGUGCCUUGUGCUGUGUUUCGUGCCAUAUCGGAUUUGGCUGGGGCAAGCGCGAUAUCUUCAUCAGAGAGUGUGACUUCUUUGGCAGCUAUGAAUGCUCUUAGUGUAGCAGUUGAGUUCAUUGCACUAAUUGGCACGGCAAAUCCCAUCAGUACUACAAGAACUGCUGCAUAAGUGCUAGGUAAUGUUGCUUCGGAUUGGAAAGUUUUCUCCUGUUGUAUCCAUAUCAUUGUCAAGCCAAGCAUGUAUCUCUUGUAAUAAAAAAUAUAAGUACCAUGAAAAACAAAUUUUCAUCAAUAAUCGACGAGAAUCACAGUUUUAAUUUUCCUUUU